GAGGAGCUGGGUUACGCUCACGCCGCUCAGAGCUCCUCACCUCUGACGGAUCCCCCGUUUCCAACCUUUCAUCCCACAAAUUGUCCCACGCGGGGAUGGACGCGAGUGGCCGCCUCGCGUGGAGAAGCAGAGGCGUGAGAGGGAAUCCUCUAGUAUAGGUUGGAACCGUCGGGAAGCGGAGAGGCGUCCGUUUGGGCGUCGGUGGUGAUGUUUGAAUUGGUGACUGCAAAAACUGGCAGUGUGUCGGAGAUUGGAGAGCUCUGAUCACUGGCUCGCUCUUAUUGGAGAGAAAAAGGAGGAACGGAUAUGUGAAAGAGACUGCUCUCUUCUUUGUGGUGUUUUUAGUUCAUCGCGCUGAAACAGUAAUUGGACUGCUUGGAAAGGAAUUCAUGCAUUGAUAGUUUACAAAGCCACUAUGCCAGAAUGGGUCCUCUACAGUAUCUAUUCCUCUGUGGACUUUUGUACACCCAGGUCAACGGGUCCCGUGUUCGUCAGGAAGAUUCCCCCCCUCGCAUCGUUGAACACCCUUCUGACCUUAUUGUAUCUAAAGGUGAGCCAGCCACCCUCAACUGUAAAGCAGAAGGCCGCCCCACUCCCAUGGUGGAAUGGUACAAAGAUGGAGAGCGUGUUGAGACAGACCGUGAAAAUCCCCGUUCUCACCGAAUGCUAUUACCCAGUGGGUCCCUCUUCUUUCUACGCAUCGUCCAUGGACGAAGGAGCAAACCAGACGAUGGCAACUAUGUGUGUAUCGCCCGUAACUAUCUGGGAGAGGCUGUUAGCCGGAAUGCAUCAUUAGAAGUUGCUUUGCUACGCGAUGACUUCCGACAGAACCCACAGGAUAUGGUGGUGGCAGUUGGGGAAACGGCAAGUUUUGAUUGUCAGUCUCCACGUGGGCAUCCUGAACCAACCAUAUUCUGGAGAAAGGACAAAACUGAACUGGAUCUCAAGGAUGACAGGAUCACAGUUCGAGGAGGAAAGCUGACAAUUUCAAAUACUAAGAAGAGCGAUUCAGGGAUUUAUGUGUGUGUGGCCUCAAACAUGGUUGGAGUGCGGGAGAGUGAAAAAGCACAACUCUCAGUAUUUGAAAGACCAGCUUUUAUGCAACGUCCUGUUAACCAGGUGGUUCUAGUUGAUGAGAGUGUAGAGUUCAGAUGUCAGGUCUAUGGUGACCCACCACCUGCCCUGCGCUGGAAAAAGGAGGAUGUGGAUGUUCCUCGUGGCAGGUAUGACAUCAGAUAUGAAAGAGAGGACUUCCUGUUGAGGAUUAAAAAGGCAUCUGUCAGUGAUCAAGGGACAUUUACCUGCAUAGCAGAGAAUCGUGUGGGUAAAGCAGAGGCCUCUGCCUACCUGACCAUCAGAGCUCGCCCCGUUGAGGCACCACAGUUUGUUGUCAGACCAAGGGACCAGAUUGUGGCGCAAGGACGGACAGCUACCUUUCCCUGUGUGACAAAAGGCAAACCUCAGCCAACAGUCUUCUGGCAAAGAGAGGGCAGCAAGGAUCUUCUAUUUCCCAAUCAGCCAGCACAGGGGGAUGACCGAGUGUCUGUGUCUGUGAAUGGAGAGCUGACGCUAUCAUCUGUACAGCGCUCAGAUGCAGGCUACUACAUCUGCCAAGCCCUUACUGUGGCAGGCAGCAUCAUGGCCAAGGCUCAGCUGGAGGUAGCAGACGCUUCGAAGGGACGCCCUCCACCCAUUAUCCGGCAGGGUCCAUCCAACCAAACCCAGAUUCUAGGAGGCGUGUCUGUUCUCAGGUGUCAAGCGUCAGGAGAUCCAGAGCCAACAGUCACCUGGAGAAAGAAUGGGGCAAAUCUACUUGGACAAGACCCACGUUUUUCCUUAUUGGAGCAUGGAAGCCUUCAGAUCCAAAACACGAGGCUAUCUGACUCUGGACUCUACACCUGUGUUGCUACCAGCUCCAGUGGAGAAACAACUUGGAGUGCCUACUUAGAUGUCAAAGACUCCACUGACCUCAUGGAUUUCAUGUCACACAACACAACCGCCCUCCCUGGGCCACCCUCCAAGCCAGAGGUCACUGACGUUACCAAGAGCAGUAUCUCAUUGUCAUGGGAACCGGGGCCAGAGGCGGGCUCCCCAGUGUCCUCCUAUGUCAUUGAGGCUUUCGGCCAGUCUGUGAGUAAUAGUUGGCAAACAGUGGCGGACUACGUGAAAACAACCAAAUUUACAGUCAAGGACCUACGACCAAACACUGUGUACCUGUUCAUAAUAAGGGCUGUGAAUGCUCAAGGACUAGGGGACCCAAGCCCAAUGUCUGAGCCUGUCCGGACGCAGGACAUUAGUCCCACAGUCCAAGGAGUAGACCAUCGCCGUGUCCAGAAGGAGCUAGGGGAAGUUGUGGUCAAUAUGCAUAAUCCUGUGGUCCUUAGCUCCACUUCAGUGCAGGUUACAUGGACAGUGGAAAACCCAUCCCAGUUCAUUCAAGGCUACCGGGUUUUGUAUCGACAAACUUCUGGGCUGCCCUCUCCCGGGCCAUGGCAGAUUCAGGACGUAAGGAUUGCCUCAGAGAGGGAUGUAACUCUUAUUGCUCUGAACAAAGGCAUUGUCUACGAGAUCAAGGUGCGACCGUAUUUUAAUGAGUUCCAAGGAGCUGACAGCGAGUCCAUGACAGCACGUACCAUGGAAGAAGCUCCUAGUGCACCUCCUCAGCAAGUGUCAGUGUUGACGGUGGGGAGCCAUAACAGCACAUCCAUCAGUGUGUCAUGGGACCCCCCUCCCUCUGACCAACAGAAUGGCAUCAUCCAGGAGUACAAGAUUUGGUGUUUAGCCAACGAUACACGCCUUCACGUCAACAAGUCUGUGGAUGCAACCAUCCGUUCAGUAGUUGUCGGGGGUCUACAGACUGGAGUGCAGUACCGUGUGGAGGUGGCAGCAGGCACCAGCGCUGGGGUGGGGGUCAGAAGCAAACCCCAGCUCAUCAUAUUGGGUGGAGAACUGAAAGAUGUGAUGACAGGAUCAGAGGGCAACAACAGCAUCUCAGAUGUGGUGAAGCAGCCAGCCUUCAUUGCAGGUUUAGGAGGGGCCUGCUGGAUUGUCCUCAUGGGUUUUAGCGCUUGGCUAUACUGGAGGAGAAAAAAAAGGAAAGGACUAAGCAACUAUGCAGUUCAGUCCUUCACCUUUACUCGAGCUGUUACAUUCCAAAGAGACAGAGGCCUGAUCAGAAAUGGAAGCCGCCCAGGGCUUUUGAAAGCAGGCGAUCCGGGUCUUCCGUGGUUGGCUGACUCGUGGCCUUCUACAAGCCUCCCAGCGAACGGAGGCUUAGGGAGUCCAAAGGGUGGCAGCAACUUUGGCAGAGGAGAUGUUUUACCGUCUGCAGCCGUGGAGAAAACGGGCACCAUGCUGUCUGAUGGGGCCAUCUACAGCAGUAUUGACUUCAUGGGAAAGGGAGGCUACAGCAGCCCAGCGAGAAGCGGCCAGCCCACCCCUUAUGCCACCACUCAGAUACUCCAGUCCAACAGCUUUCAUGAGCUGGCUGUGGACAGACCAGAUCCACGAUGGAAGGCAUCUCUACAGGCCCAGCAGGAAAUUGCAAACAUGGGCUAUUCACUUACUGACAGGCGGCCUGGUGCUGGUGCUAAAGUUGCGAAGAAAAAGAAGAUCAAGGGAGGGACAAAAACCUCUAAAUCAAAUGGAACAUGCUGGGCCAACAUGCCCCUGCCUCCUCCGCCCAUGCACCCUCUGCCUGGCACAGAGGUUGACCUUGAUCAGUACCCCCAAGAAAACCAUAAAGGAAGCAACAGCUGGAACCCACCCAUGUCCAUUCAGACCUACCGCCACCAGGAUUUGGCAAGCGAAGCUGAAGAGGAGAGAGGUCCUACUCCACCCUUGAGAGGAAGAUCAUCAUCUCCAGCUCCCUUCAGCCAGCCGUCAUCCUCCUCUCUCAGUUCUGCCCACCAUGAAGAGAUGCAAUCCAUUUUACAGGCCCACUUAGAUGAACUCACCAGAGCUUACCAGUAUGAAGUCGCCAAGCAAGCAUGGCAUAUGAAAAGCAGCACAAAUGUGCCCAACACACCGAUGGACUUCAUGUCGACUACACUGGGGUCUGAUCUGGGAGAAACUCUUCUUUCUGAAGAUGAUGAGGAAGAGGAGGAGGAUGAAAGAUAUACCGUGGUGUCAAAGAACUUGUGCGGCUUUGAAUACACUCCUGGUCACAGCAUGGAUAGCCUGGAAGGCACAGGGAAAUCUGCCCACCACAGUCACACUGAUAGCUUUGGCACUUCAGACCGUGAUGCGCAUGGUACACAUAGCCUCAGACACAAGGGCCCGCCACUUACUGGCCACAGACCUCAGACUGACAUGGCUGGAACUCUUCCCAGACGAAGAGACACCAACACAGACUCCCACACGCCGGCCACAAAGUCCACUCACAGCAUGGGAUCCCACUUGCAAAGCCCAUGGCCAGCUCCGGUGCCGGACACUUCUGAGGAGUGCAUGGUUACUGUGUCGACACUAGAGAGACAGCACAUGGCUUCCUGGAGUGGCACGACAUCUUCCGGCAGGGUCACCCUGAGUAGGGGUUCCCACAACAGACCUGGCAUGGACUUAUCCUCUGAUGGGCAUCUUUCCAAUAAUGGCACAGAGAAAAGGGAACACUAGUUCUUGUGAGACAUCAAUCCCCUGCAGCUGUGGUCUGUCCCCAGACCCAUUGUCUGUAAGCGCAAUGAGAUUUUCUCUCAGUGAAGAUGGAUUUUAGAAGAUGGAGAGGACACGGAAUGGAAGAAGAAGCAACAGUGUUGAAGGAAACAGAGCUGUAAAUGUCAUGUACAGGCACUGACACCACUUUCACAGUGUGAUUUUUACCCCCCUCCCUUUGAAAGAAUAAACAGUAUGUUAAAUGUGCGCUUCUGUUUUUUGUCACAUGGUGAUCACACAGUGGAGACGUGAAGAAAAAAGGACCACAUGACAAAAAUGACUUGCUUAAAUGAUGAAAGGACUUGCAUAAUUUGUAAAUAUUGUUUUCUUUUUUAAUGUUUUUCUUUCUCUUUGAUUUGCUAUGCAAGCCAAUCCCAACUUCAUUUUGUUGUGAUUUAUUACUGUGAAUAUUUUGAUUUUUCUUUUUGAUUAUGCUCAAACCGUUGACUUAUUUUGAUGAGGCUAAUGUAUUGUUGUAUUUUGCACAAAGCGUAUUUCUUUUUAGGGUGAAAAUAAGCACAAAAUAAUUUUCAGCUAAGCUGAGGAUGAAAAUCAUAAUGGCAAAGAGUGAGAUCUAUAUUAAGGAAUAGGUUGUACUGUAUAUCUGGCUGUGCUAUAAUCAUAUGGAGGAAAAACAGGUACACAUUUAUAACUAAUAUGCCAAAAAAAAUACUUACUAACAUUGUUUAUUUCUUGCUGAGAAACCCAUUAUAGAUCACACCAAGAGCUGUUCUGAGCUGGUGGCAAAGAGAACAUAUAAACUUUUUUAUAUAAUGGAAAGUGUUAAAACAUUGGCUGCAUCUCUGCGACACUGAGUAGGAAAUAUUUAAUAAAUAAUAUAUCAUUGUAUCAUUUCCAGUAACAUCUCUUGACAUGAUGAUGUGCAAUAUCCAAAACCCAAUGUGACAUUAAAAGGAAAUGAGAUGGUAGACGUACCUUAGUGGAAGUCAAAUAUAUGCAUUAGAAAGGUACAUUGAAGUGACCUAAAUAUACCUGCAGAAGAAAAUGUGUAAAAUAUAAUACAGCUGUAUGCGACAUAACACUGCUGUGAGAAAGUGUGCACCCCUUUACAGAUUUCUUCAGGUUAUAUUCUUUCAAGAUGGCACAUGUGCUCAUGGACUGCCUACUGUACGUCAGGUUGAGGUUCUCACCUAGCCAGUCGAUUCCAACCAGUUGGAUAUGGAGUUGAAUUGUGUUUGCCUGCUUACAUCCUUGUCUGGGCUUUUCUGUCACACCAAAAGGAAAUUGGAUUGGAUGGCAUUUUCCUCCAAUUUGUGCAUUUGUUUUCUUUUUUGUCUAAGUUUCCAUUUGGUUGAUCUAAGACACAGUGUUGCAAAACAACAAAAAGUAACAUAAGAUAUCUGUAAGGGGGCAAAUACUUUUUUUUUAAUACUGCAUUCAUCUUUUCAAACUUUUAAUUUUACUGUGAAAACAUCCUUACAAAUUUCUUUGGACUUGACAGAUUUUAGAAUUCCAGAUGUUAAAAUGCAGUUGGCUAAGAGUUUCUGUGAAAUGUAUAUUCGAAAUGUUCUGUUUUUCAGUCAUGAUUAUGUUCUGAGAUCCUUUCUUUGCUGUAAUUGCUCACUAUUCAAAGAAUCUUUCCAUGGCAGAUUUUAUUGCUUUCAGGAAUACACAGCCACAUAUGGAAUGGCCUUUUUUUUUUCAACCCUUGAUGCAAAAUAAAACGUGUGUGAAAAUGAACAGAAUUUCUCUCCCAUAAUACAUGAGUGUGGUGCAGCCUUGGAAUUUACUUAGAGAAGUCCACAGAGAAAUGAAUGACUUUGUCUAUAAAUUGGGCAGCUGGAUGGAUUUGUUAAUAUACAUGGCACUCAAAACUGAAAGAAGAUAAAUAAAACAAUUUCUAUAACAACUGACAAAA